AUGGCAGAAGGUGCGCGCAGGAUAACAACACAUGACGACGCUCGUCCCACGACGUGGGGAGUUGGCACUACUGGCGUUGCUGGACCUGAUAAGCAAGAUGGGAAGGCAGUUGGGACGGUCUACAUCGGCAUUGCCAGCCCCACUGGUAGCAAGGCGUUUGGUCCGUUCAACUUUCCAGGGACAAAAGAAAGAAUACGGGAGGCAACAGUCAUGAAGGCACUCGCAAGGUUGCGAGAAGAGUUGACGAAGGCGAGACACGCAUGA